UUCCUUUUCCGUGUAAACUUCAAAAUGGUGAACGUUCCAAAACAAAGACGCACCUUCUGCAAGGGCAAGAAAUGCAAAAAGCACACAAUACAUAAAGUUACUCAGUACAAAGCAGGAAAGGCUUCUUUGUAUGCCCAAGGUAAAAGACGUUAUGACAGAAAGCAGAGCGGUUAUGGUGGUCAGUCCAAGCCAGUUUUUAGAAAGAAGGCUAAAACUACCAGAAAAAUUGUCCUUCGUAUGGAGUGCACUGAAUGUAAAUAUAGGAAACAAUUACCAAUCAAGCGCUGCAAACACUUUGAGUUAAGAGGAGACAAGAAAAGAAAGGGACAGAUGGUUAUGUUUUAAGAUAAAUAAAAUCUGGACAAUUGAA